GGGAGCGGGGCUGUUGAUAUCAAUAUGGCGGGUGUCAGCCAGACAAAGACAGUCAGUCUGAUGUGAUUGAGACAAGGGAGGUUUUCAGGGGGAGACUGGGAGAUAGGGGCCUCCCCUCCCCCUUCUCCUCUUCCUGCGCCGGCCUCCACCCCUCCCCAGUCCCCUCCCGACGGGCGCCCCGCGCGGAACCCGCCCCUCCCCCGCCCGCUUCCCCUCCUCCCCGCUCAGCCGUCGGCGCCGGGACGCUGGGGAGGGGGCUGUGCCGGGCGCGGACAACUCGACCGGGAAUCGCGAGAAUGGUGAUUGGCGCUGAUCUCCUCUGAGCGGGUAUCGAUCCACCUCAUGUAAAGUAUGCUCAGUUCCUUUCCAGUGGUUUUGCUGGAAACCAUGUCUCACUACACCGAUGAGCCCAGAUUCACCAUAGAACAGAUAGACCUUCUCCAGCGCCUCCGGCGGACUGGAAUGACUAAACAUGAAAUCCUCCAUGCCUUGGAGACCUUGGACCGUCUCGAUCAGGAGCACAGUGACAAAUUCGGAAGGAGGUCCAGCUACGGAGGGAGCUCGUACGGGAACAGCGCCAACAACGUCCCCGCGUCUUCCUCCACGGCCACGGCCUCCACCCAGACCCAGCACUCGGGAAUGUCCCCAUCCCCCAGCAACAGCUACGACACCUCCCCGCAGCCCUGCACGACCAACCAGAAUGGGAGGGACAACAGCGAGCGCUUGUCCCUCUCCAACGGGAAGACGUCGCCCACGCGCUACCACGUGAACAGCAUGGGGCAGCGCUCUUACAGCUUUGAGGCGUCCGAAGAGGACCUCGACGUGGACGAUAAAGUGGAGGAGUUGAUGAGGAGGGACAGCAGUGUGAUAAAAGAGGAAAUCAAGGCCUUUCUUGCCAACCGGAGGAUUUCCCAGGCCGUUGUGGCGCAGGUCACAGGCAUCAGCCAGAGCCGCAUCUCCCACUGGCUGCUACAGCAGGGAUCGGACCUGAGCGAGCAGAAGAAGAGAGCCUUCUACCGCUGGUACCAGCUGGAGAAGACCAACCCAGGGGCUACACUGAGCAUGAGGCCAGCCCCCAUCCCAAUCGAGGACCCCGAAUGGAGACAAACGCCGCCCCCAGUCUCCGCCACCUCGGGCACUUUCCGCCUGCGACGGGGCAGUCGGUUCACCUGGAGGAAGGAGUGUCUGGCCGUCAUGGAAAGCUACUUCAAUGAGAAUCAAUAUCCAGAUGAAGCAAAGAGAGAAGAAAUUGCAAAUGCUUGCAAUGCCGUCAUACAGAAGCCAGGCAAAAAACUCUCAGAUCUGGAACGAGUAACCUCCCUGAAAGUCUAUAAUUGGUUUGCUAACAGACGGAAGGAGAUCAAGAGAAGAGCCAAUAUCGAAGCAGCAAUCCUGGAGAGCCAUGGCAUAGACGUGCAGAGUCCGGGCGGCCACUCGAACAGCGACGACGUGGACGGCAAUGACUACUCAGAGCAGGACACUUGGCAAGUACGCAAUGGGGAGGAGGAGGAGGGAAGAAAUUCAGAGGGAGGCAGAGAAGCAGAGAAGGAUGACAGCACUAGCCAUAGUGACCACCAAGACCCCAUCUCAUUAGCUGUGGAAAUGGCAGCGGUCAACCACACGAUCUUGGCCUUGGCCCGACAAGGAGCCAACGAAAUCAAGACAGAGGCCCUGGACGACGACUGAGGAGGGGGCCGAGCCGGGGAGCCGCCUAGUGUAGACGUAGCACCUUAGCAGACUCCUCCGGUCCGUGGCGUGUGUUCUUCCAGUAUAACUUGCAGUCCCUUGUAUGUCAGUUAGCCGUUAGGGUCUUGUUCUGUGAAGAUGGCAUGGUGCCCUCAGCCUCUGCAUAUACUCAGUAUUAACUCCCAGUACGUAAUAGCCGACCGACCGACCCACCGACCCCCUUCGCCCAGCCCCCGAGGCUAGACAAUGUUGCUGCUCUGUCUUAGCACCCCGAGAAAGUGCUUCCAGGUAUUUAGGUCACCUCCGUCCUCAGAUAUUAGGCUCCGUGUACAACCUUGGGUACCCGUAGAUUACCGUAACACUAGUCAGAACCUCUUUCCUCCCCCGAGACUGAAGGCUGCGAGCUGAGGCAUGGCCCGGGGUCGGCGGACACCCCCGGGGCCAGGAGCACUAGGAGCCCCAUGUGGGGAGAGUCAGCCCCGGCCGCCGUCUCCGUGCCUCUCCAGUCCCUGGGCCCGACCCUGUGCUCUGGGUGCUGCACUCAGAUGCCCACGGACGGACCCUGCCUCAGACCUCGGACGGCCGCCUCCUCUCGCGAGCUGUGUGACUGAGUAGAUACAAUACUGCCUUUUGUCGAUGGGACCACGAUGAAAAGAAAACAGAAGAGACAAAAGAAAGCCAACAAAAUCCACGAAACAAACAAAACCCAGCUUGAGAGCGUGAGGGAAAUCAGAAGCUGAGUGUGUGAUGGGUGUGAAGGCCAGUUCUCAGACGCCUGUCCGUGGCGCGCGUGCCGGAGCCCUGCGCGGGAAAUGCUUUGCCUCCUGUCUCUGUCCCGCUCCCCUGCUACCAAAAGAGUCUGUCCAGGACAGAGCCGAGGUCCGGAGGAGCCAACUUGCAGCUCUGGAGCCCUGAUGUGAAGACGGGCCUCACGAGAGCAGGAAGGGCGGUGGGUCUGCGAGCGGCCACGCGAUGGGACUGUUUGGUGUUCUCUUUACUCUGUCCGUUAGGUCUGGAACGUUCUAUCGCUACAGGCAAUUUAUUUAAUAAUUGGAAGCCAUAUUGAUAAUGGAUGUGGUAAUAUUUGUAAAGUUUAAUCUAUACUUUAAGCGGCAGUAACUAACGGAAUUUUUUUCCUUGAUCACAUAUGUAGCACUUUUGUUACUUUUUAAAGAUAUUUAUAUUUGAUAAACCUUUUUUUUUUUUUCAUUUUGAGAACUCAAAAUACCAAACAGUGAACUUGCGUUAUAAAGUCACCCUGUGAUCACCUUGU